UUUUUGUAGACUUUGUUUUUUAGCAUUGUUCUUCUCAAAAAUUUUCACCCCCUUCCGAAUCGUAACAUACUCAACCCUUGUCCUUCCACUUUCCCCUCCCCUCUCAUCCCCAUUCCCCGCUCCAUUUCGGUGAAGACAAAAACGUAGAACGGAGCCGUCGCCGGAUCCGGCCCCAUGAGCCUCCGCCAGCGCCCCGUCCCGGGCGCGGCGGGCAACGGCCCCCGCCGCGGCCCCGGCGGCGGCGGCGGCGGCGGCGCAGCGGAGGCGGAGGCGGAGGCGGAGGCGGAGGCGUACAACAUCAUCCCCAUCCACAACGUGCUGGCGGACCACCCGUCGCUCCGGUUCCCGGAGGUGCGGGCGGCCAUGGCGGCGCUGCGGACGGUGGGGGACCUCCGGACGCCGCCGUUCGUCCCCUGGCACGACGGGCUCGACCUGCUGGACUGGCUGGGCGCCUUCUUCGGGUUCCAGCGCGACAACGUGCGGAACCAGCGCGAGCACCUCGUCCUCCUCCUGGCCAACGCCCAGAUGCGCCUGCAGCCCCCGCCCGACAACAUCGAAGCCCUCGACCCCGCCGUCGUCCGGCGCUUCCGCAAGAAGCUCCUCCACAACUACACCUCCUGGUGCGCCUUCCUCGGCCGCAAGCCCAACGUCUGGGUCUCCGACUCCCCCUCCCCCGCCAGCCUCCUCCGCCGCCCCUCGUCCUCCUCCUCCGCCGACCCCCGCCGCGACCUGCUGUACAUCUCCCUCUACCUCCUCAUCUGGGGCGAGGCCGCGAACCUCCGCUUCGUCCCCGAGUGCCUCGCCUACAUCUUCCACCACAUGGCCAUGGACCUCAACCGCAUCCUCGAGGGCUACACCGACGACGCCACCGGCCGCCCCGCCCUCCCCGCCAUCUCCGGCGAGAACGCCUUCCUGGCCCGCGUCGUCGUCCCCGUCUACAAGACCAUCAGCGCCGAGGUCGCCGCCAGCCGCAACGGCACCGCCCCGCACACCGCCUGGCGCAACUACGACGACGUCAACGAGUACUUCUGGAGCCGCCACGUCUUCGACCGGCUCCGCUGGCCCCUCGACCUCUCCCGCGGGUUCUUCGCGGCGCCCCCCAGCCGCAACCGCGUCGGCAAGACCGGCUUCGUGGAGCAGCGCUCCUUCUGGAACGUCUACCGCAGCUUCGACCGCCUGUGGGUGAUGCUCCUCCUCUUCCUCCAGGCCGCCGCCAUCGUCGCCUGGCAGGGCCACGUCUGGCCCUGGCGCAACCUCCGCACGCGCGACGACCAGGUCCCCGUGCUCACCGUCUUCAUCACCUGGGCCGCCCUCCGCCUCCUGCAGGCCAUGCUCGACGCCGGCACGCAGUACAGCCUCGUCUCCCGGGAGAACCGCUGGCUCGCCCUGCGCAUGGCGCUCAAGAUCCUCGUCGCCGCCGGCUGGACCGUCGCCUUCAGCGUCCUCUACGCCCGCGUCUGGGACCAGCGCCGCCGCGACCGCGGCCCCCGCUGGUCCCGCGCCGCCGACCAGCGCCUCCUCAACUUCCUCGAGGCCGCCGCCGUCUUCGUGCUCCCCGAGGUGCUCGCCCUCGUCCUCUUCCUCGUCCCCUGGCUCCGCAACUUCCUCGAGAAGACCAACUGGCGGAUCCUCUACGUCCUCACCUGGUGGUUCCAGACCCGCACCUUCGUCGGCCGCGGCCUCCGGGAAGGGCUCGUGGACAACGUCAAGUACUCCCUCUUCUGGGCCGUGCUCCUCGCCGCCAAGUUCAGCUUCAGCUACUUCCUCCAGAUCCAGCCCAUGGUCGCCCCGACCAAGGCCAUCUACAACAUCCGCCGCGUCAACUACCAGUGGCACGAGUUCUUCGCCCACGCCAACAGGUUCGCCGCGGUCGUGCUGUGGAUCCCCGUCGUGCUGAUCUAUCUGAUGGACAUUCAGAUCUGGUACGCCAUCUUCUCCUCGCUCACGGGCGCUCUCGUCGGCCUCUUCUCGCACCUGGGCGAGAUCCGGAACGUGCAGCAGCUGCGGCUGCGCUUCCAGUUCUUCGCCAGCGCAAUGCAGUUCAACCUCAUGCCCGAGGAGCAGCUCUUCAAGGAUCGCGGCACCCUCCGCAGCAAGUUCAAAGAUGCCAUCCUCCGGCUGAAGCUCAGGUACGGGUUGGGCCGCCCCUACAAGAAGAUCGAGUUGAACCAGGUGGAGGCCAGGCGGUUCGCCCUCAUUUGGAACGAGAUUAUUGCCUCCUUCAGGGAGGAGGACAUUAUUAGCGACCGCGAGGUGGAGCUUCUAGAGCUUCCGCCCGACCUGUGGAACAUUAGGGUUGUCCGCUGGCCGUGCUUGUUGCUCUCCAACGAGCUCCUGCUCGCCCUAGGGCAGGCCAAGGAGCUCGAGGCGUCCGACCGGCGGCACUGGAGGAAAAUCUGCAAGAAUGAGUACAGGCGGUGCGCGGUCAUCGAGGCGUACGACAGUGUUAGGUUCUUGUUGUUGAGGAUCGUCGGGGAGGGGACCGAGGAGCACUCCAUCGUCAGCCAAAUAUUCCUUGCUUUCGAUGAUUCGAUGCGCGCGGAGAAAUUCACUGCGGAGUAUAAGAUGGCGGUGCUGCCUAGCAUCCAUGCGAAACUGAUAACGCUUUUGGAACUCAUGCUCAAGCCGAAGAAGGAUAUGACGAAGGUGAUAAACACCUUGCAGACUCUGUACGACAUUGCUAUCCGUGAUUUCCCGUUAUCGAAGAAGAGCAUUGAGCAGCUUAAGCAAGAAGGGCUGGUGCCGCUACGGCCGAGCGCGACCGGCCUGCUCUUCGAGAAUGCCGUUGAAUUGCCCGGUGAAAAUGACGCUACCUUUUAUAGGCAAGUGAGGCGGCUGCAUACUAUUCUCACCUCUAGGGAUUCAAUGAAUAACGUUCCGAAGAAUAUCGAGGCCCGGCGAAGAAUUGCAUUUUUCAGCAACUCAUUGUUCAUGAACAUGCCUCGAGCUCCCCAGGUCGAGAAAAUGCUGGCUUUUAGUGUUUUGACUCCCUACUACAAUGAGGAAGUUCUCUACGAUAAAACACAGCUUCACUCCGAGAAUGAAGAUGGUGUUUCCAUCCUAUUCUAUCUGCAGAAGAUCUAUGAAGAUGAUUGGGCGUACUUUUUAGAGCGCAUGAAGAGGGAAGGGAUGGUUAGCGAAAAGGAGUUAUGGGAGGAAAGGUUGAGGGAUCUUCGGCUUUGGGCCUCGUAUAGGGGCCAGACGCUGUCACGAACCGUGAGGGGGAUGAUGUACUACUACAAGGCCCUCAAGAUGCUCGCUUUCCUUGAUUCUGCUUCCGAGAUAGAUAUAAAGGAUGGGUCGAGGGAGCUAGCUUCAAUUGGUUCUUUCAGGCAGGAAGUUGAUUCAUAUGGUUUGGGGGACGCCGACAGGUUGCCGUCUUCAAGGAACUUGAGCAGGGCAAGCAGUGGGGUGAGCUUAUUGUUCAAAGGGCAUGAGUACGGAACUGCGCUUAUGAAGUACACUUAUGUGGUCGCGUGCCAGAUAUAUGGUAAUCAGAAGGCUAAGAAGGAUUCGCGUGCUGAGGAGAUCUUGUAUCUCAUGAAGAAAAAUGAGGCCUUGCGUGUUGCAUAUGUUGAUGAAGUCCACACUGGUACAGAUGAAGUGGCGUACUAUUCUGUUCUAGUUAAAUAUGACCAGAGAUUGGAGAGAGAAGUUGAGAUAUAUAGGGUCCGUUUGCCCGGCCCGUUAAAACUUGGAGAGGGUAAGCCUGAGAACCAGAACCAUGCCCUCAUUUUCACGAGGGGUGAUGCAGUCCAGACGAUCGACAUGAACCAGGAUAACUACUUCGAGGAAGCCCUGAAGAUGCGGAAUUUAUUGGAAGAGUACAAUCACUACUAUGGAGCUCGAAAGCCUACACUUUUGGGGGUUCGGGAGCAUGUUUUCACUGGCUCUGUCUCGUCGCUUGCUUGGUUCAUGUCUGCCCAAGAGACAAGCUUUGUUACUCUAGGACAGAGGGUUCUGGCCAACCCAUUAAAGGUUCGAAUGCAUUAUGGGCAUCCUGACGUUUUUGAUCGCAUCUGGUUUUUAAGUCGAGGUGGUAUUAGUAAGGCCUCUAGGGUAAUCAAUAUCAGUGAGGACAUAUUUGCGGGCUUUAAUUGUACGCUGCGGGGUGGAAAUGUUACCCACCAUGAAUAUAUACAAGUCGGCAAGGGCCGAGAUGUUGGGCUUAAUCAAAUAUCGAUGUUUGAAGCUAAGGUUGCUAGUGGAAAUGGUGAGCAGACCUUAAGCAGAGAUGUUUACCGAUUGGGUCACAGAUUGGAUUUUUUCCGCAUGCUUUCCUUCUUCUACACCACAGUUGGAUUCUACUUCAACACCAUGAUGGUUGUUUUGACCGUUUAUGCAUUUGUGUGGGGCCGCCUUUAUUUGGCUCUAAGUGGACUUGAGAAAACGAUCACAGACAGUGCCGACUCAACAAAUAACAAGGCUCUUGGAGUCGUCCUCAAUCAGCAGUUCAUCAUUCAACUCGGCCUUUUUACUGCACUACCGAUGAUUGUCGAAAACUCUCUUGAACAUGGAUUUCUUCCUGCUUUGUGGGAUUUCUUGACAAUGCAGCUACAGCUAGCGUCAGUGUUCUUCACUUUCUCCAUGGGAACUAAGACCCAUUAUUAUGGGAGAACCAUUCUUCAUGGAGGCGCCAAGUACCGGGCCACCGGCCGUGGUUUUGUUGUCCAACAUAAGAGUUUUGCUGAGAACUACAGGCUGUAUGCACGCAGCCAUUUUAUAAAAGCAAUAGAGCUCGGGGUGAUACUAACUGUUUAUGCAUCCUAUAGUGCUAUUGCCUCGGACACUUUGGUUUAUAUAGUGAUGACGAUCUCGAGCUGGUUUUUGGUGGUAUCGUGGAUCAUGGCUCCCUUCGCAUUCAACCCUUCAGGUUUUGAUUGGUUAAAAACUGUUUAUGACUUUGAUGAUUUUAUGAGCUGGAUAUGGUAUCGCGGGGGUAUAUUUGCAAAACCAGAACAGAGUUGGGAAGUGUGGUGGUAUGAAGAACAAGCCCAUCUUCGAACAACUGGACUUUGGGGAAGGCUCAUGGAGAUAGUGUUAGAUCUCCGCUUCUUCUUUUUCCAGUACGGCAUUGUAUACCAGCUGAAAAUAGCCAGUGGGAGCCACAGUAUUGCCGUCUAUCUACUAUCCUGGAUAUGUGUGUUUGCGGCUGUUGGGGUUUUCAUAGUAAUGGCCUAUGCUCGGGACAGAUAUGCAGCAAAGGAGCACAUAUAUUACCGGGCUGUUCAAGCCUUCAUCAUCAUCCUCAUAGUACUGGUCAUCAUAGUAUUGCUCAAAUUCACAGAUUUUCAUAUUAUUGAUAUUUUUACUAGUCUUUUGGCGUUUAUUCCAACUGGUUGGGGUUUGAUUUCUAUUGCACAAGUGAUCAGGCCGUUUAUUGAGUCCACUGUGGUUUGGGAUACUGUGGUUGCUGUGGCAAGGUUGUAUGACAUAUUGUUUGGAGUGGUUGUUAUGGCACCGGUGGCAUUACUGUCCUGGUUGCCGGGAUUCCAAGAAAUGCAGACGAGGAUUCUCUUCAACGAGGCCUUUAGCAGAGGACUCCAAAUAUCCCGCAUUAUUACUGGCAAGAAACCUAAUGCGAUUUGAGGUUGGAAGUCAUUUUCUCCAUUACAGUAGGUGAGGGAGCCCCAUAUGUUGUGUCAUGUGUGCAGAGCUAAGCCUCAGGUGUUUGGUUCCAGGUGGAAAAAGAAUCUUAUAUUGUCUUAUUGUAUUUUAUUGAAUUGACUAUCUAUGUGAAUUUCUUGACUUAGAUCUGUAACUAUAUGAGUUUGGUACUUCAGUUCUGUGCUCUUUCGAAUAGAUUAAGAUUUCUCGUCGUAGAUUUAGGAAAUUUUGAGAUCUUGUAAUUUCACAGGUAUUGCGUGCACUGAUCUGGCUGUAAUAUUGUUUCUUAUUUGAUCAGUUAUUUUAUUCACUUUAUGGUGUUUAACUAUUUUCCUUUUGUCAAAAA